UUUGGCAGAGAAGGCCUUGUCUACUACUUUCAGGAUUGCACGGCAUUGCGACACAACCAUUUAAAGUGAUGUUGAACUGCACUCAUUCUACAACGCAGAUGCACCCAACGUCCGGCUUAUGGAGACAGCAGGAAGACCCCCUUUCUUCCAUCUCACACUUCCCUGAUGCCAGCCCCGGCACCCUCUCACCCCCCUCCUCCUGCUGCUCCUCCCGCUGCUUGGCGCGUCAUGGAGCCUCUAGUCAAGGACCAAGAAGACGGCCCCCCGGUGUCCUGCCCGCCAGUCAUCACCUCCAACCCCAGCUUCAUCUGCGUGACGGUCAAGUCCCCACAGACCAGUGCCCGGUUCGUGCUCCCGGAGGUCACCACCAUCCAGCAGUUCAAGGAGGAUAUUGCCAAGCGCUUUGGCUGUGAGUCCAACCAGCUGGUCCUAGUCUUCUUCGGCCGCAUCCUGAGGGACCAGGACACCCUCCGCAAGUGCGGGGUGGGCGAUGGAAUGACCGUUCACCUGGUUAUCCGCAAGGGGGACCCUGAGGUCGCUGCCCGGGAGCUUCCUUACGGGCUCCGGGCCCCCGAAUGCACCCCGGUGUCCCCUUCUCCGUCCUUCAGCCCUAGCAGCCAAGAGGCAUGGUGCCAGACGGAGGAGAAAGCUCCCUCGGAGUGGCCACUGGUGCCCACCUCAGAGAUGAUCGUCCAGAAGGUUCGACAGGUCAUUCUGGCCAACCCAGAGGUCCAGCGGCUGGCCCAGCAGGUGCCGGCCAUCAGGCACAUCCUCAACAACAUGGGCAUCAUGAGGAUCAUCCUGAACAAGAUGAAGGAGAUCGUGGACAUGGCCAAGGGCCACGAGGCAGCAGCACCGCCUCCACCAGACCCCAAGGGCCCCGACCAGGCCCUGGUCAGCCUCCCCAGGAACAUCCCUGGCGGAGACAACCCUUUGAGGCGGCUCAACAGCGAGAUCCAGGAACCAGCCCCCAACGCAGCCUUGGAUCCCUUUGCUGUGUCCAGCACUUACUCCACAAUGGUGCGUGAUGCCCGUCCAGAGCCCUCGGGUCUGAGAGGACACCGUGCCUCCAUAGAGGAGCCCCUCAGGCCCCUAGGCUUCUCCCAAAGCGCCACCAGCGUCUGCACCAACGCCAGCGAUGACGCGGUCAGCCUCUUCAACACCUUCUCCAGCCCCCUCGGGCAUGGCCUCCCAACGCCAUCCCCCGUGGGACCCCCUCCCGGGUUUGGGCCUUACAGCACGGAUAGUCUCCAUCCGCCGGACCCUGCAGAGAUUCCCCUGAUGAUUGUCCACCUCUGCAAUGCCUAUACCAAGCGCAUGAUGUUCUCCCUGAUGCAGGACGCCUUGCUGGCCUCGGAAGGGGCUCGUGGGGCCGACCCGGAGCACGUCCGGCAGCAGGAGCUGCACUUCUCCCAGCAGAUGCAGAGCCCUGAGAUGGUGGCCGCCAUGUCCAACCCCAAGGCCAUCCAGGCCUGGGUUCAGAUGGAGCAGGGCCUGCAGGCACUCCUCGCCGAGGCCCCCGUCCUCAUCCCCUGGUUCCUGCUGCGCCUCAAGGGCCUGGGCUACUCCACUGGAAGGGAGCCCUGGGCCAACGACCCCCGCAGCCAGACCACAGCCACCAUGGAGUAGUAGCCGGCAUAAAGGCCGACCAACAGAAACCCCAGCCAGCUGGACACUGUGAUGCUGGAGGAAACUGCCGAAGAAGAGUAAAAGCAUCUCGAACAAAGAAGCAGUGAGCAGUCUCCUCUGGGAUCCAGACCCCAGCCUUGAAACUCAUAACGCCACUCCUGUCUUAUAAAGAGAAAGCAACCGCA